GGGGCCGGGUGCGCCGCCAUCAUCGCGGAUCGGGUCUGGGCGGGGGUCUCUUCCCUGUGGUGACAGUGGCAAGACCCGAGGGAAUGGCAUGGAGACGCGCCAGGGAAGGGUCAGGAGCCUAGGGCUGCAGUGCAGGAGGAUGGGAUAAACGAGGAAUUCACUCUUUCCACUUCUGUAGUCUUUUGAGUCGCGUUCCGAAUCGUAUCGAGCAGCUAUCUUUUGCAAAACCGCCUACUCUUUUAAAAUGAAAUCUAAACAGAGCUUGAAAAUAAAAGGUAAGUGUGGAAUUAAUCCAGUUUCCGCAGGUUUGUUCCCCACCACUGUGAAAAACAGGAUUUAUAGGAGGGUUGUAGGACGUGAGUGAGAGGAAAGCUCUAUAUUCAAGAAGUGAUCGACCUUGUAUUAGGUAAUGGAUGAUUGUAAGAACAAGGAAGCUUUCACAGGCGUUAAUAUUCUUGGUGGCAGCAGACUGAACUGGCAAAUACGUACACAGUUGGCAAAGCCUUGUAUGCAGUAGCAGAUCAUCUGAGUGGUACGGAGGGAAGAAGGAGGUGCGUAAGGACAUCCUCACAGGUUCUUCAUGUGCAUGAGAGCUGGUCACCAGUGCCAAUGCGUUGUCUGUAUCUUUAAUGUUUUUUAUCUUUGAUGUGGGCUCGCCACCUGCUUGGAUGUGCUGUUUCUGCACUGAAGACACUGCUUAGGCUGCCUUGGGCUGCCAACUUGUCUCCAGAUCGUACAGAGGGAGUAAAUUCUACACAAACAGGAGCAGGGAGGAUCAAUGAAGAGUCUGUAUGCAAGUGCUACGUUAUGAAAGAUCAUGAGGAGAAGGGGUUCAGAAUGUGCCAGCAGAGCUGAGUGGGCUAAGUUUGUGUACUGCAUUUGGUGGAAGCUAAACAGAAAAUAGUCUGUGAACUGAAAUACGAAGGACAGAAAUACGAAGGAUUGUUAAGGACAACAAAGGCUGAGCUGUCCAAACCAUGGAAGGCAUGGGCAGAGCUUUCCCUGGACUUGGAAAACUUCCUGAUGCACUGAAGUCUGAAGUCCGAAUCACGGGCACGCAAAGUCGCUGUGCAAUAGAAUGAACCAGGAAGCUUUUAGUGGGCGGCUUAUCCUGGAACAGUUCACCGAAUGUGAUAUCUCUUUGAACAGGUAUUUAUUUCACAGGCGCUUUUUUGCUGCUGUGUAGCUAAUACUUACUUAAAGGGGGAAAUAGCUGGAUGACCAACUAGUUCUUCAAAAGAUACUACCUAAGUUCAAACAAAUGACACUCAGAGUAAAUACAGAGAUGCCACAGAGCUCCGGUGACUGCUGAUUUUGAUUUGGUUAGAAAGGUGCCAAAAUCAGAGUCUGGAGAUACUUAGCCCUGUUUUUUGCAGUCUGCCAUGGUACCUAAUUACUGUUUCUGAUAUUAUCAUCUGCUUUAACACACAAAUUCCCUCAAACAGCGGUAGUCCCUAAUAUAUCCCUCUUAUAUUCCCAUCUUCUUGGCCACAUAUUGCUUACCGUGCUAAGUGCUAAAUGGCUUUUGGAAAGUGCUAAGAGGGUGCUGUGAAAGGGCUAAGCUGAGUUUCACAAACAACUGCCUGAACAGAGAAACAGUGUUAUUAGGGAGGGUAGUGCCAGCAGGCCGGCGUGGGCUUAUUCUGACAAAUCUGAAGAGCCGAACUUCACGGUCGUGUUCUUAGGAUGUUUUAAAUGAGACGUUCUCACCUUGCAGAAAUGAAGUUUUUUUGUUCCUAACUGAAAUAAAACAACUGGAUACUUCAUCAGAAAUAUUCAACAGGAUCAGUAUGUUCCAGGUCAAGUUCAUCUACUCUGCCAUUUCUACCAGAAACCAGCUCGGCACUCGAUAAUUCUUAGAAUGGAAGAACGAUUCUUGGAAGAUGAUGGGAACAAAGCCCCAGAGCUAGAAAAGGAACAUUGUUUCUUAAGCUCCAGCCAAUCUCAGGAAAACAAAAACCAACCCAGCCACAAAGGUACCAGAUCUGCACGACAAUUCAGAUGUUCCUUGACGAAACACAACUGUGUGGGCAUUUGCAGAAAGAGAGUAAAACAGAUCAAUAUUUGUUAUCUUCUUCAACGUGCGGCAGCACGUCGGGGCCGGUGUAUGAGCUUCAGCCUGCGAGUGGAAGGGCAGCGUCACAAUAGCAGAAGCCACUUAAUUGCAAGAGAGUCUCAAAAAUGCUGUGUGCACAGUCUUUCUGAAGAGUCAGUUCCCUGGGUGAAACAGCUCGGUCUGUGGUCUUGCGUUGUUUCUCUGCUUGUGUAUCAAAGUGCUUAACUGUUGGAAGAGGCACUCCCUUGAAUUGUGAUCACAAGGCACCUCUUUGACGCGUCAGUCACUGUCACUUAGGGGAUCUCAGCUCUGUUGGGCUACAGCAAAGCUUUUCAGUCUAGUGAGUGCUGGUGUGGACUGGUUUCUGGCCUUAGUGAGCAGUCACACUACUGCUAAUGGGUGAAGUUAACUCUAAUCCAGAAGGUCCGAAAAAGACCUGUUUUCAGUUAGUGAGUAUUUUGUUAAUUCUAUGGGGUGCUUCAGAUAGGAUCAUUUUCUGCGUGAAAGAGAUGUAGUAUCAUGAACAUUGAUGGCUGCUUUGCUAACUUUUAGUUUUCCAGUUUUUGCAGUUAGAUUACUACAGGUUAGGUGCUACUUAAUGUGGUUAAAUCAGUGGAAUGAAUUGCUUCUUUUUUCUUUUUUGCUCUAGCAACAUACUUCGAAAGCACUUAUUCCCUUAAGAAUAAUAGCAUCUGUAACUGUUUUACCUAACUAUUGGAGUUCUGAAAUGUGUUUAUUACAAAAAAAAAAAAAAAAAAAAAAAAAAAGGAGGGGGGGGUUGGCCACAGAGCAUGUUUUAUCUCUCAUCUAGUAGUCAUCAUCUGUAGGCCUGUAAGUUAUUCAUAAGGAAAGAUAGUUUAAGUUAUUAUAAGGAAAAGCCAGGAUUGUGAUCUCAUUUUUUGAUUGGAGGUGCUGUGACGCAGGGACAGGUGAAAUGGUUUCCCCACAGUGUCAUGCCUUGAGUUGUGCCAGGGGAGGUUCAGGUUGGAUAUUAGGAAAAAUGUCUUAGGAAGAAUGGUGAGGUGUUGGUGCAGGCCACCCAGGGGGGUGGUGUAGUCACCGUCCCUGGAGGUAUUAGAAAUGCGUGGACGUGGCACUGAGGGAUGUGGUUAGAGGGCAUGGUGGGGAUGGGCUGAUAGUUAGACUAGAUGAUUUCAGAUGUCUUUUCCAACCUUUAUGAUUCUAUGUGGCAUGUGCAAUAGGUCCCAGUUCCUACUACAUGCCCAGCAAAGUCCCCGGCCCACUGAGCCAUUCACUCCUCCACUGCACUAUUUCAUCUGCUUCCCUACUCCACAGCAAAGAGCAUAAUUCAGGUUUCUUGCAUCCUUCCAGCUACAGGUCUGCUACAGAGGAUGCUGCUUCCUAAGUGAUAAUGGAGUUCCAUAAAGCAUCCCAGAUUGACAACUUUUACUAGAACCUUAUGUUUCUUGAUUGUUUUAAAAGACAAAUAUAUAUCUUCUACUCCCACGUCAUGUAGAAGGAAAGACGCGUUACUAUCUAAAUGUGGCCAUUGAAGGAUAGCAAAACCUUGUUUGCCACUCAGCAUUGGCUAUACUUUCCUUCUCCAAGUUGAGAAAUGGUGAGGAGCUCAGCGGGUUCUAAAAUUGUUCUGUGUUUCUGAUCGUUUUGUUUCCUUAAUUAAAUUCAAAACUCCAGUAUUCAGAGAAACUGCAGACAGCUCCGGGGAGAACUGAAAAAGUGGAGGAAAAUUUUGUCAAUUUUUAUUUCCAGUUAAAUCAUAACAGAGACUGGUGGCUACGGAAACACAAUAUGUCCACAUGGAUGUAGUCAAGGCACAAGAGACUAAAAGUAGAGACUCUCUGCACUGGUCAGAGCUUAGGCACUUUUUAUUGUUCCCUGGAAACCUCAUGGGGUCUCCUCACCAAGAUGUUCAGAAACAGCUUCAGAAGAGGCUGGGGACUUAAUUCAUGGCCUUUUUGCACCAGCUGCCACAGUGUUUCUCUCUAAUUUGGUAGAUAGAAGGAAGUUGCUCUGCCCUUACUGUCAAACUAAAUAUUGCCAUCUCCAGGCUUUGUAACAAAAUAAAUCAUCUUGUCUUCAUUUCUGGGGUGGCACAAUUCAAUUGUGGCCACCCUGGGCAUACGCCUUGGGCUUGUUUCCAUCUUUAUCCAACAUUAGCUGCCCACUGGCAGGCCUGAGCAAACCUACAGUAUCCCUGAUGAAGUUUGUCACAACGCGUUGAACGACACUGUAACUAAAUGGCAACGGUUUUCAUUACUACAGUCUUUGAUGUGAAGCAGAAACGUCGUCUUGUCCUGCUCCCAGUGGUCAGUGAAAACAUUUCGUUUUGAUAAGCCAACAAUGACCGUACUAUUCUGCAGCCUCACCUUUCUUAAACAAUUCUGAAUCUUUCUUCACAGGAUAUGCUUUCAAAACCUCUUCUCAGAUUUGUUGCUCAGCUCUGAAAUCUUUGGUUUGUGUACAGCCCUCCUGUGUGAGGAGGAGCAAAACAGCUACCUGAUGUGUCUCACACCCAACGACCAGCAUUAGCUUUGCCUUUUUUUGGAACAGCGUCAUACUGUUGACUCCUAUUCAGUCCGUGGCUCACACCCCGAGCUGCCUUUCUGCCGUGCUGCUGUCUGGCCAUUUAUUCCCCAUUUUCUCUUUGUGCUUUUGAUUUCCUUCUCUUAAGUGUAGCACUUUGUACUUUUCUUUACUGAGUCGUUGAUUUUCUCCAAUUUAGCGAGAUCAUUUUGAAUUCUCAGUCCAUCCGCCAAACUGUUUGCAUCCUCUCCCAGCUAGAUGAUGUCUGCAGAUUUUAUGAGUACUCUUUAUUCCCUCGUCACAGGUUGUUAAUGAAAAUACUGCAUCAAAUGGAUCCACACAGAUGUUGGGAGGGCCCGGUUGAAAAUUCUUCUCAGUACAACAAGGAACAAUUGAUAAAUGUUUCUAAAGGUAUCUUUGUAAUGAGUCAUGCACCUAUUUUUGAGGAUUUCAUCUUAACCGUGUUUUCUUUGUUUGCUAAGGAGAAUGUCACGUGGAGUGGUGUGAAAACCGUGUAACAAUCAAGACUGUUACCUCUUACCUAUGAAGAAGGGUAUGUGGAACCUGAUUUAACACAGAUAUAGGCUUGAACAAUUCUAUCAGUUUCCAAUCUUCAUUUCAAUCACUGCAAUUUUGUGUGUAACCAUAACCUCGGUAAUUGUCUUCUGUAUCUCAGUGAUUAAAGCUCAUUCAGUAUUCAGCCAAGUUUCAAGAAAACGUUUUCUUUCCUUGCUAAGACAAUAUGUAGACAGAAAUCAGAGACUUUUAACAGUCCCAGAUUCAGUGAGGGAGAUGUUGGCACCGUCUAAUACCCAUAUAGCUGUGAUAAACUCCUUUGCAAAAACAUGACAAUGUAGGUUGAUUCUUGAAGAUAUUUCCUCACUUUGUAGAAUCCCCAUUCAAGGAAGCACACUAAUGCGUGCUAAUAGUUGUGUAUGAUUUUAAUUUAUGUACUAUUCUGUAGUAGUAUGAAAUUCCUGAUGCAAUCAGUAUCAUUGCAAAAAAUAAAGCUGUUCUUACAAAUGAGUUACAAAUCCUCAUUAGCCAUCAGAUGUUACAUUAGACAAGCAUUUGCUGUAUCCUCAAUAUAUUAUGCAGCUUUUAGUGCUGUUUAUUGGUCACCUCUGUCCUUAACAGCCUCCAUCACCUUAGUAUUUAAGCAACUUGAUCCUGUAUGCCCUAGUAUUGAACAAUGGCCUACCUCUAAGAGAUGCUUUUCUUUUUAGGGAAACUAGUACAUCAUCUCAAGGAAUGAAUGGUUAUGAUUCUAUAACACUGGAAGUGACUAAUCCCAUGUUGUAAAUGGAAUAAAGGGAAAUGGAAUAUAUUUUGAGAACAAACAGUAAUCAUUGACACAGUAAUUUGCAUCCCUAGAUAUUAUAAUAAUGACUAAGUAUCACUUCCCCUUGUUUGCAUAAGGAAGAGUAGGCAGAGAAAUCCAGUGAUUCGGCUAUCGCUCAAGCGAGGCACUAGAAAAGACAGCAUAGGUCGCUUUACUUCAUGUUGUUUUCCUCUUUUUUACUAUGUCUUUGAAAUACAGCAUCACAAAAGCCAUGAUGCUUUUUAGCCCAAAAGUCUCUUUCGGUGUUUCACCAGUUUGUUCCACCACUAGCCUGGUGCCACAAGAGUUGGUCAAGACUAGUGGAGGUUUUGAGAGAGGCAGGGCACAGAGCGCUGCCUUCAGAAGAGCUAGCUUGGAUGGAUGACUUGGGAUUCCUGUCAAUUUGCAUGUAUUAAGUGCCAGCAGCCUCAAUCUGUGCUGUCUUGCUGAUGAAGCUAACAUAUUUCUGCUGCCUGGGGAAACUUCCUGCUCUUUAGAAAGCAAUUGCAAUUGUAAGGGCCAAAGUCUACUCAGCGACCCUUCUGCUUCAUGACCAACAUGCAGCACAGGAAGUACUCACCAAAAUUGGAUCCUGAAGGUAUGUUUGUGCAGAGGGCUGCUUUCACAAAUAUUUCUAGACAGGCAGUCUCUAGGAAGUCAGAACCACCGCAUCAGAGAUGGAUUAUUUGGGAGCUGAAAAGCAAAUAUGUUUAAUGUCUUAAUUUUUUUAGAAGAAAAUUAAGCACCUGAGGUAUGAUUUGCUUUGUACUAAAUGAAGGGAGGGGAAAAUGUCAUUAGUAGGACUGGUAAUAGCGUUCUAAGUUGUCUCUGAAUUUCACACUGGCUGCAUAUCACAGGACCAGGGCAAAUAGCAAUGAAUACAACCUUUACUUAGCUUCUCCUGACAAACAUACAGCAAAGGGUACAGCAGGCUUGCAUUGAUACGUGGCCAGGAGACGUACCUAGAAAAGGCAGUCACUUGUUAUUCUUGUUAUUUGUUUUCUUGUGGCUCUAGGCCCAAAAGGAAUAGCAAAAUGGGCAGAUCUUAAGACUUCACUGUGUGAGAGUAUGAUAAUCUCUAAUUAAGGUCUAUCUGGCCUUACUCCCCUUCUGCCUGGUUCGUGUAUCUAAACCAGGGGUUAGACUUUCCUGAAUAUGUGAGGUAAUUGUUACUGAGUGUGUGGCGUUCAACUGUGGGAAGCAGUGGAGAGAGGAGGAGAAUAUCUAGCUACUGAGCAUGUCUUCAUGGUGGAGAUGUCAUCCUGGCUCUUCUGUGAGCAAGCAUCUCAAUGUGUUUCAGGAUUGGUGGAAAACCAAGAAAUAGCAUGCAGCUAUGAAUCCCCCUGCCUAACGCCUGCCUGACAACUUUGCACACAUGCUGCACUCUUCUCCCUGCUCUUUCCUUCAAGCAAAAGUGCUGCCAGUGUUGCAAGUUCUCUAGCGUGAGAAUAACGCUGCCAUGCUGUGGGUUGAUCGGCACCCUUUGGGCACCACUGCAAUACAAAUGAAGAAAUGUUGGUUUGCAUUAGAGUAGAAGACCAGAAAUUCAGUGAUUCUGGCUCAUUAUCACAGUGACAGGUAGCUAGGAACAUCCUUACUUUUUCUAGUGCAGUUUUCAGCUGUUUUCUGAUUGUUGUUUUCUCUCUCUUCCCCUACAAUGCCCUCCCAGUGGCUCCUGCCAUUCUCCUGGUCCCAAGCCUUCUAUCACUCCCUGUUCCUGCCAAAGGGGAGGGAGAUCAUGGCUUAUUGGGGCUGCAGAGGAGGAAGAAGCAGGGGACAUCCAGCUAGCAAGGAAGGCAAAAGGGGAGAAGCAAGGGAGGGAAGACAGGGAGGAGAGCCAGAGACAUACUGGAAGGGGGCAGUGUAGAAAGGGAAAGCUGGGAGCUAAGCUGGAAGCAAACAAGGAAGAGAAGGGAAGCAGAGGAAGGCAGGAGGGACACUCACUGGGAUACAGGAAGGGACAAAGAGAGGAAAGAAAAUACCAAGAAAAGAUGAAGGAGAAAGGAGGCAAUUUAGAGAGGAGAGAACACAAGAUUAUGAGGGGAAGUAGGAUGAUUUGAGAUGUUAUGCAUUAGGAGGCAGGAGAGAAGGGAUGUUUCAUAGAGGGCAAUAAUUAAAGGUGGAAUUGUGCUUGGCACUGAGGAAAGCACUUAGGGCUGAAGAGAAAGAAAGAGGGAGAAGAAGGAUUAAAGGUAAAAAGUCAAAUCCUCGUGUGGAUCAGGGAGAUUUCAAGAGAAAUGGAAGAAAGAAAGAAAGAAAGAAAGAAAGAAAGAAGAAAAUGAAAGGAGAGGGAAGGGGAAGGAAAGGGAAGGAAGGAGAAAAAGAAAAAAUUCCUAUGAGCAAGGAAAUAGAAGAGAAAUCAACAAAAGAGAUCACUAAUCUAAAAUACAGCAUGAGAAAGAGGGAUGAUUGUAUGAAUCGUGAAGGAAAGAGAGAAGUAAAGGAGGAAGGGAGAGUAGCCUUGGAAUAUAUCAGAAUUCUAGUCUAAAAGAGAUCCAAACAGAAUCUUUAUUUAAAAAAUAAAAAAUAAAAAUUCAAACAACAAUAGGAACACAGAACUUUUUUAAACACUGAAAUACUUUUGAAUGCAUUUAGCCUCUUUUUCUGGUCCGAGCCCUUGUGGCCCUUACAUUCUCUAUAAAAUCCCUGAUGUACCGUAGAGCCCUUCUCUACAAAAAGGACAUCAUGUAAAGCCACACACUUGUUACUGAACCAGCAGUAGGGAGGAAAGAAGAUCCCUCCAUGUGUAAACCCCAUUAUCCUCCCCAUUACUUAACAUAAUUUGCCUUAGGCAGCAAGUUGAAUCCUCCAAAUAUUCGCUGCAGUGAGAGAUACAGAGCGAGGAACUCACUUAUCUUUUCAGGUGGAUUUCACAGUCUGGUUUUCUCUCUUUGUUCUCUCUUCCUCCCUGGUUCUCUUGUUUUUCUUUUAUCUUUCCCUUUCACGUUUUUCAGCCCAAUUUCACUUUCUGCCUGCUGUUCUCAAACAACUUACUCAGUUUCUGGUUAUAUUUUCCUUGCCGCCUGUCACCCACCCUCUGCUGAUGCCCUCCAGGGGUUCCUUCAUUGUCCAUGCCACCCCUUUGCAUCUCUGCCUCUCCCUCCAGGUGAUGACCUCCAUAUGCCAUCCCCUACCUGAGCAUGUGCACUGCCUGUGUCACCAGGACUGGGUGCGUGUCUUCCCAGGGUAACUCCAAUGUCUCGUUUCUUCUCAUAGAAGGGAAAUAUCUGCAACUGUAUAGAUCCCCUUUGGACACCUAUAGAAAGGAAUAUCCACCUCUAUCACAUACACACCUAUUACACAUCUAUUCUCUAUUUGCUUUCAUUUCAUCUCAUGGUCUCCGGUCUUCGCUGCUUUGUUUAUUUGACCUUCUCUUCUGAUCCAAGUAUUUGAUCUGAAGUUAAAAAAAAAAACAAAACCCUGCAGGUUGGACUAGAUGAUCUUAGUGGUCUUGUCCAAACUUCAUGAUUCUAUUGAGGCUAAUGGACUGAGGUCUGGAGAUCUCCCUGAAUGCCAUGCCUACCCUGCAUGCCACUCACAAAAUCACUGCAGGACAUCCAUGAGGCGUCCUGUCCUUGCCAAACUGAUAUGUCUCACGUAAGCCCAAAUGAAGGCUUAAAGGAUACUUCUGAAAUGUGGCAGUCUGAGGUCUCAUCCACAGCCGUGGGACUGAGGAACCUUAGGUGGUCCUAGAGCAGGUAUCUUGGUGCCCUUGUAAUAGGACCUUGUAAGAGGUGAGGAAUCAGUAAACCAUAAAGAGGCGAGGAAUCUCAGCCUUCAAAUUGCUCUGUUCUGGGCCUCACCACAGGCUGCACCCUGGACUGCAGACGUUGGCACCCACCCGGGUACCAAUCUGCCCUAGCCCACACACUCUUAAGAUAUCCUUGAUCCCAUAGGUAGGGGAGUCACAGGGACCUUCCUCAACCCACACCACUCAGAGUCUCCCUCAAGUGACACAUCUUGAAAUGCCCCUAGCUGAAGUCAACAGCAAAGAGCUUUCUACGUGUGCUGCAAAAUAAUAACACAGGAGAAAGCAGACGGCGCUUGUAGAGGAUUCUUCAUUACUGCAUUCAGAUUUUUCUUCCAGAUGAAGAUAAGGACUGUAUUUGAAUAAUCCUAAUGCUGCAUGCUUUCUUCCGGCACUGGUGUAACCCCUUUGCAUAUGUGGAGCCCAGGGUUAGGAGUGGCAGUAGGAGUGAGACAGGUAUUGGCAAAGGGCUUGUUUUCUCGUGGGGAUAAGAGCUGGAGUUUGUUAAUGCCAGUGCUGUAUAUUAUGUUUUUAGGAGUGAAAAUGCUCCGUCUUUUCCUUAACUGUCUACACAGUGCCCAUAAAAUGUGGCUCUUAUUUCAAUCAGAAGCUGGUGCUGCUGUCCCAUGGCAAACAUCGUAUGUCUGGAACAGUUCUGCCAGGGUGAGGAUCCCCCGCUUCCCAGCAUGAGUGUGUGUGCCUCCAUCAUUACAAAGCACAUCUCAGGGGCAGCUGAACCUUGAGCCGUUGGAUGUGGAAUGACGCUAUUAUCUACCUAAUCAUGCCAUUUUAUUCUCAAUACCAAAACAAAGAAGGAGCCUCUAAACUUCUCCAGUGCAUAUCAGAGGAUCAGGACAGGCUGACCUGGCAGGCAGAUUUCCCACCAAGCAGUUCGCACCGACAGCCAAAGAAAGAGGCACGAUGAAUUGGGAAGCCAAAAAUCAGCAAAAAAAUCUCUGCUGCUUCUGCAGCUGCCUGAUGGUGAAAAGGAGCCAUCUCGAUGCCAGAAGGAGAUAAUCCGCUGACAGCCGGUUAUGCUAGUAAAGAUAAAUAAACAGCAGCUAUUUGAUCCCCUCCAAGGACACCACGGUAGAAGGGGUGUAACUUCCCAUCCCUCAGCUCUUUGCAAACAGCAGAGAAACGUUUGUUUCUGGGAGAUAAUUAAUUUAUUUCAGUCUGGGGCAAAAGAAGAAUUGCUGAAGGCCAGGGUAGGCUGGAAAUAGUGUUUUAGCACCUUUGCAUAUUUGGACAUUUUUCCUUGAAUUCCUCACUAAAUCUGUACAGGAGGCAUUUCUUCUCCACGAGGACAGGCAGUGUUUGAGGUCUCUCAUUUUAUCCAUUAAGGUUAAUGUUCUUAAUACAGUCUUCUCAUCUAUGCCAGAAAGGAUUCCCUGAGGAAUUUAAAACUUUUGAAUGAAUUCCCCAGAAAUAUCCAUUGAUAUAAUUAUUCCCAGGCACUGUAAGUUCAGUUCUGCUAGAAAGAAGCAAGCAUCCCGUGCACGUGAGGGAAGACAUGGUUCAUGUGAAACUAGGGAGAUAAAAAUUCAUUUUCCGAGCCUCGAUAUAUUUAGCAGUGCUGCAGUUGUUGUGGUUUAAGGAUGUAGAAGAGCAAAUGAUGAAGGUAGUAUAUACCAUUAUCACUAGGAAACACAAGCGAACUUUUAGGUACGCAAGCCUUUCCUUAGGUCCAAAGUGGAAGAAGCAAACUUCAAGUUAAAUAUAGAUCUGUAUGUUGCAGAGAACGUAUUUUCCAUAGAGGGAGGACUUGUCAGUCCCUCUGAGGUGAAACUAAACCAGCCAUUUGCCAUGUGGUUUCCAUGCAAAUGCCCAAAUGGUCCUUUGCACAGAUGAGCAUGAGGAUGCUGUUUUGGUGAGUAAGGAUGAGUGAUACAAUUCCUCCCUGGCCCUCAAGCAGCCCCCUUGCACAAGUCCUGUUAGAACGAUCUAUUCUUUAUUAAAAGAUAAACUGUUUCCUACUCCCAUAAAUACGAGUGGGGAUGUAAGGACUAUUUUCAUUCUCAGAGGUUUGUGAAAUAAAAACAAAACAAACCACAGCGUGAGAAGUUUCAUUCUAUUGAAGCAGAGCAGAAGGCACACCAAGUCUGCGUACCAUGGGCACACGUGAAAAGAGAAGUCUCCUCCAAUGAUUUUAUUUCCCCUCUGGAGGAAGAAGAAGAAAAAAAAAGUAACAUCUUUUGUUCCUGAACUUGUACCUGUGACAAUCUAUGGGAGCUGUUGAGUCAUGGCCUGAACCACUGAUUGAGCACCUGGGGAAAGGACCCGGUCAGCCCUGGGAGCACAGGUGGAGGCAAUUCAGCUGUGUGACCAGAAGGGGUGGAGUUUGUCUGCACCUCUCAGGUAUCAUUUAAGGGCUGACUGCUUCUGAGGAAAGAUCUCUGGUUGGUGAUCUCUCCUUUGUGGAGCUUUCCCAAUGAGCCUCAAUCUUCAGGUAGAAGGAGGGGGUAGAAAGCUGAAGGGAAUAACUUCCUCAAAACUGCACUGGUGAAGAGAAGAAACCAGGAACUAAAGGCACUGGAAUCAGCAAAGACAUAUCUAGAGAAAGUGGAGAAGGUAGAGAAUGGAGCUGCAGACUCUACAGGAGGCUCUGAAAGUGGAAAUUCAGGUUCACCAGAAACUGGUUGCCCAAAUGAAGCAAGAUCCGCAGAAUGCUGAUUUGAAGAAACAGCUUCACGAACUUCAAGCCAAAAUCACAGCUCUGAGUGAGAAACAGAAAAGAGUGGUGGAACAGCUUCGAAAGAAUUUGAUAGUGAAGCAGGAACAGCCAGACAGUAAGUUUCAAAUACAGCCAUUGGCACAGUCAGAAAACAAACUACAGACGCCACAGCCACAACCACUACAACAGCUACAGCAACACCACCAUCAGCAGCAGCAGCAGUCUACUGCACCCUCUCCAAACGUGAUUGGAUCACAGAAAACGGUAACUACAGCUUCUAUGAUCACCACUAAGACACUACCUCUCGUCUUGAAAGCAGCAACUGCGACCAUGCCUGCCUCCGUUGUGGGUCAGAGACCUACCAUUGCCAUGGUUACUGCUAUCAACAACAACCAGAAAGCAGUCCUCAGCACUGAUGCGCAGAAUGCACCGGUCAACCUCCAGACAACAAAUAAGGUCACUGGGCCAGGAGCUGAGACAGUCCAAAUAGUGGCGAAAAACACAGUCACUUUGCAGGUUCAGGCUACACCCCAGCCCAUAAAAGUGCCGCAGUUCAUCCCUCCUCCCAGACUCACUCCUCGUCCAAAUUUUCUUCCACAGGUUCGACCUAAACCAGUUGCCCAAAAUAACAUUCCUAUUGCCCCAGCACCUCCUCCAAUGCUUGCAGCUCCUCAGCUUAUUCAGAGGCCUGUGAUGUUGACAACAAAGUUCACACCCACCUCUUUACCCAACUCUCAGAACUCCAUACAUCCAGUUCGUGUAGUUAACGGGCAGACAGCAACCAUAGCCAAAACUUUCCCUAUGGCACAGCUCACCAGCAUCGUGAUAGCAGCACCGGGUACCAGGCUUGCUGGACCUCAGACUGUACAGAUCAGCAAACCAAACGUUGAAAAACAGACUAUUAAACCACAUGUGGAAGCAGAAGAGAAGCAAACAGAAAGUCGUACAGUUACUCCACCUGCUGCACCGAAGCCAAAACGAGAAGAAAAUCCACAGAAACUUGCCUUCAUGGUGUCUCUAGGACUAGUUACUCAUGACCAUCUGGAAGAAAUCCAAAGUAAGCGACAAGAGAGGAAAAGAAGAACAACAGCAAAUCCAGUAUACAGUGGAGCUGUUUUUGAGCCUGAGCGCAAGAAGAGUGCAGUCACGUACCUGAACAGCACAAUGCAUCCUGGAACGCGUAAAAGAGGUCGUCCACCUAAGUACAACACGGUGCUGGGGUUUGGGGCUUUGACGCCCACGUCCCCUCUGUCCAGUUAUCCCGACUCCCCUGAAAAUGAAAAGACAGAGACCACAUUUACUUUUCCCGCGGCUGUUCAGCCUGUGUCCCUGCCUAGCCCCAGCUCCACAGACGGUGAUAUCCAUGAGGACUUUUGCAGUGUUUGCAGAAAAAGUGGACAGUUGCUGAUGUGUGACACAUGUUCACGUGUUUAUCACCUGGACUGUCUGGACCCACCUCUGAAAACCAUUCCCAAGGGCAUGUGGAUCUGUCCCAAAUGUCAAGACCAGAUGUUAAAGAAAGAAGAAGCAAUCCCAUGGCCAGGAACUUUAGCAAUUGUUCAUUCAUAUAUUGCGUAUAAAGCAGCAAAAGAAGAAGAAAAACAGAAACUACUUAAAUGGAGUUCAGAUUUAAAACAGGAAAGAGAACAACUAGAGCAGAAGGUCAAACAGCUCAGCAAUUCUAUAACGAAAUGCAUGGAAAUGAAGAAUACCAUCCUUGCAAAACAGAAGGAGAUGCACAGCUCCUUGGAGAAGGUAAAACAGCUGAUCCGCCUCAUCCAAGGCAUCGACCUUUCAAAACCCAUAAACUCUGAGGUCAAUUCAGUAGCCAUCUCCAAUGGCAUGGACUCCACUAACAAUACUAAUGCUGCCACCUCCACCUUAGCCCCCUCCCCUUCCCAGAGCUGCAUGGUGAACUGUAACAAGGGCGAUGAGACUAAAUAACACAGUGAAGUUCAGAAGGAGCCAAGGGAGGUGGCGGCGAGGAGGAGAAGCAAAAUAACAAAACUCUAGAAAAGCAAAACCGGAUUUCUUCUGGAAAGUGCAGAAUUCUUUAGUUCUUUGGUUCCAGAGAGAGCGUGAAGAUGCUUGUGCCAGGCGGCACCGGAGUUUGCCAAUUGAUCCUUCUUAUUCUGUGUGUACAUGCAAAGUUUGGAUCAUGUUACAUGAAUAGUGCCAGCUGGGGGUUCUUUGCCAGCACCAUGCCAAGUGAAAUAAUAUAUUUACUCUCUCUAUAUUUUACACCAGUGUGUGCCUGCAGCAGCCUCCACAGCCACUAUAGGUUUGUUUUAUUUUUGUUUGGGGUGAGGAGCAGGGAUAAGGGAGGAGAGCAGGUUUCAAAUCCUUAUUUGCAGAACAGUUUGUUUAGCUAGGGGAAAACAAAAACAAGUCCAAAGAGCCUGUGGGCUUUUCCUGUUUCUAAACUCUCAGUACUAUUAAACCAAAAAAAAAACAGAAAUAUAAAUUAUCAAAUCCCAGUGCCCAGAAGGGACAAGUCUAUCAAAUAAACAGUAUUUACUAUUGUUUAGACAGGAGAUGUACAAAAGGAAAGGAGAUGGACUUUUCACUGAGUAACCAGCACAUGUACAGGCUGAAGAUCUGCUGUCCCAACAGCUUUGGGUUAAAUUGUACUUCUUCACAUCAGAGAAACACAUGCUUUGCAGAACUGAUUCAAAUCUUCACUCUCAUCCAGAAAGCCUCUGUUGGGAAUGGGAGAAUAGAGGGCCAGAAUCCAGGGUCAGCUUGGAGUGUUGGAUGGAGGUGUCCCAAGAGAAAAUGUGCAUCGAUUACUUGAAAAUGAGAUUCCAACCCUUUUCUAUAUUUAUAAACAACAAAACUGUCCUGAACAAAGUAGCACAUGACCCAGAUGUGUGAACUGAACAGAGAAAUGUCCUUUUCUUUCACUUCUUUUCUCUUCUUUUGGUAACAAGAACUAAAUAAGGAAUAGAAAAGCUGUUUUUCAGGCUGACAGUCUAAUUAAAGAGGUAGAUGGGACCUUGCAUGGUAUAGAUUAGAAGUAAUAGUGUCAGUGAGAUACAGUGAGUCUUUGUGAGUCCUUGUGUCAUCGUUUUGGGCACUGUUUUUUUAUGCAAGGGCAAAAUCUUUGUAUCUGGGGGAAAAAAAAACAACUUUUUUAAAUUAAAAAGGAAAAUAAAAGAUAUUGAGUUCUUCCUAGUGUUACUUAAAAUAAGAUCAAGGUAAGAAACAUUGUAAAAAAAAAUUACAAAAGUGCUAUUUGUUUCCUAAACAAGUGAUUUCUAUUAAAAAGGUGUCAGAACUGGAGAAAAUGCUGUGUACUUAGAAUUUUUUAACACAGACUUUGCUUAUUUAUGAUGACAUUCUGCUGUGUUUGUGUUUUAAGAUCCAACGGGACAGUUUCCCUAGAUUAUACCAUACAUGCUACUGGCUAAACCCUAAAGAGAAUCAAAUCCACAGCGCUGGAUCUCACCCCACCUGGAGGAUCUGCCUAGCUUGUCUCUGCUGUUACCGUAUCUCCCCCCUUCCUUGAUGUGUGUGUAACCCAGAGAAAAGCACUGGCAGUGUACUUGCUUAAGGCUUUAAUGCUUUUGUGAUAUGGACUGAUUAGAGCUUGAGAAUGAAAGAGAGUUUGUUGGACUGAAGUCACCUUUCGUUAUAUCCUUUAUUUAAGAAGUUCAUCUCUUGUGUAUAACCUUUUCACUAUAGGUAGCAAAGCUUUCCUUGUGCUCCUGUUACGGUGGGGUCUGUCUCAGCAUAGAGUACUGACUCGUGUCGCUUAGGGUCAUGUCACAGAGCUGCCCAGUUUCACUGCUGCAUGGAAAUGUUUGGGCAAACUCUGGUUCCACUGGAAGUGCUGGCAAAACUCCUGUUGCUCCCAGUGGGAGCAGAGCUGAGCCUCUCCCCAGGCAGCACGAGGCCAGGACCCUGCUGUGGUGCCCUCCAGAGCGUGCAUUGGGCAGUCCUGCCCAGCCACUGAUCCUUCUGGAAAAGAGAAAGCCUUGCAUUUCAGGGCUGCAUUUCUGAGCAAGAAGUAGCAAAUGCUCCAAACACUACGUAGCCUGAAAGAGUCUCCUUGCUGCCACAGCCAAGCUUCCUUCUGCAGGAUUCUUGGCUCUGCUGUCUUCCCUUUCCUUUGCUCACCCUCCUGACCUUUAAGGACUUCUCCUAGGACUGUGUGCUAUUUUCAGAACUGAGCUCAGAACCGAUAUCCUGAGUUCUCACAUUUGUCUGUAGCUUGGGAAAAUGACUCUUACAUGCACGAGCCAGCUAAACCUGUGAUAACCUCAACCCACGGUUUGGAUAUUUGCUAGCAGAGCUGUAGGAUCAAACGGAUCAAACUGAAAACGUCCUGCUUGCAUCAACCCAAUUACCAAUUGAAGUCACUACCAUCGGGCAGCCUGGCCAGGAUCUUUUCUAGUUGGUUGCUUGGGCAACUCCCCUUCUUCUGAACCAUGAAGUGCAUUCCCAGUAUCAUCAUGACAGCAUCUUCAUGUUCUCAUGUUCUUCUUUCUGGUGCUAUUUUCUGAGCUCUGCUGCGAGUGCUGCACUCCUUGGAUGUAGUAAGCUGCUGGAAGACUUGAGAGUCCUUCUGUUUGCUUUGCUGGUUCAGGAAGGGAUGAGAAUGAAAUUCACUGGUGGCUGCAUUUAAAUCAGAGCACAGUUACCCAGCCAGGAGAUGUUACAACAGCUGUUACUGCUUUUUCAAGGCAUCUGCUUGCCUUUAGAAACUGUGUAGAUAAGUACAGACUUUUAUCUCCUUUUUCUUACAGCGUUGCGUUCCAGACUGUCAAAGGACACCUUUAGUUAAUCAUUGCCUGGCAGAGAAAUGACCUCGACUUAGACUUUUCAGUGCUGCUGGGUAGUUUUUGCUCCCUGAUCCUGUUUGAGCGCUUUCCCUCCCGGCUCUGCAGCAAUACCAGUCAACAGGCAAAGAGCAUUCCCAGGGCUGUGCUGACAUUGGCAACGAUGUUGGUACAUAGGCAUGAGUAAACGUCUGCCCACUUAGCAGCAAUGAGGUAGAAGGGGAAAUGGUAUUUGCUAAAUACAGAUGGAAACGUUUUGUUUUCUGCCUGCUCUCAGAGUUCCCAGCGAAGGGCGAAGUUCAAACUUUUUGACAACUUCUAAGUUUGAGCUUUCCUGUUGGAUUUGUUGGGUGGUUUUUUUGUUGUUGUUGUUUUUUUUUUUUUUUUUUCUUUCUCAUGUAGCAUUUGAGACAGGCUGAGUUGGUAUUAGAACUUCUCUUCAAGAAGCUGUCAUAAUGACUGGCAUUUUGGAUUUCCAAACCACCAUAAAGGUAACAACUAAUUCUGAUGUCAUCGCUUGUCAUUAGUGGGAAGUAAGUGGCUUUUAAAUCUCACUCGUAAAGGAGGAGAAGAUGAGACCACAGAGGAAGCUCCUAUCAGAGAUGUUCCUGGCGCUCAGCCCAGCGCUAAGGGCUUUCAGAAGUCAUCCUGCUGCUUUAACUGCUCAGAAAUAGAAUAAGAAUUGCAGCAGCAGUUUUUCCCCUCUCCUCGCAAUCUGUUCUUUAAAACAGCUGGAAAAGUAUGGUGUGGUCAAAGCCUGAAAACAAGCAUGUGAUCUGGCCGGAAGAAUUAGUGCUACCAUUAGGAUCCUCUUUCCUUUUGUUUAGUGCCAGCAGAGCUUUUAGCACUGUGCAAAACGCGAUGAAGGCAAUCCUUCCAGGGAUGAGUGGUGCGGAUGGUUCUUUGUUAGCCAAGAGUUACCAUGACGGUAGGAUGAACCAAUAGUUUGCAUGAACACAACAAGGGUUUUGUCCUUUGAACAAGUGAAUUUCUGUCAGUGGGGACAUGAGUUAAAAGGCACCUGCCUAGAAAUUAAAGAGGUGAUGAUUUUACAGGCAGUGUUGGCUGUUUUGAUGGCAGGAAAAAUGAGCCGGUAUUUUAUACUUCUCAACUGAGCAGGCUUGAGAGAGCAAAUCUGUAUUCCAGCUGUCUAGGUGUGUAGACCCUAAUUCUGGUCUCUUUGGCUUCAAAAUCAUCUUCUUCCCUGGAUGGAGGCAGAGGCAGCCCCAAAAAGCAAUAUGGUCAACAUUGGGGAGGACCCAGAGUGAAGUCUCCCUGUUGGUCGCACCAUGCUGCGGCAACCCACAAUACAGGGAGUAAAUGCUGACAUCCCCUUCUCAUGGGGAUGCAGUGGAAAAUACCUGUGACUUUGCAGUGCUCAUUUCUCUUUCCUUUUGUUUCCCAGCUGGGUGGGGUCCCUGCCCCCUUUGCUUCUGAAGCACUGGUGACGAAUAGCUCUUUUUUUAAUGAAAUGUGUUUUUAGAAGAUCAUUUUCGGAUGUCAAACCAAAUUCACUCUUUCUCUGGGGGCUUCCCUCUGCCAGCUGCUCAGAUAACCACUCAAAUACUGAUGUUACACUUCCUGGUGGACCGUGCCCCUUUGGGCAGACUUUGUCUUGUCCUUUCAGAACUGUUCUGACCCUUCUUCACCUCCCUUUUGUCCUCCUUGGGGAUUCUGAAGACCCAGGGCGAGGUCAGCCUUGCUGGGUUACUGCAGAGAGUUUUCUGACAGAGCCGUUAGUAGAAACUCUGCUGAAGAGUCAGGAAUCUGGAGAAAGACGUCACCGUUGUGUCGCGCAGCUGAUUCAUUUGGCACUGAGGCUUGCCUGGCCAACAAACUACCUCAGCAAAGGCCAUUCCCAAGCACCACGUGGAUUCUGUAGUCAUUCAGAAGGCAAAAUGUCUCCAAAGAAGCCUUGCAAGCAGCCAGCUAGGUGCCGGCCUCUGAAUGCGUGCGAGCGAGCCUUAUAGCAGCGCAUUAUCAAACGUUUGCUUUCACUGAUCAGACCUGGGCCAGGGAAUGCCCUAAAAAAUCAGGUGGGAUCAGGAAAACACAAGAGCUGCAGACGUCUUGUCUCCAGGUUAUUGCCGUCUUACUCAGAUCCUUCUUUGAGCCUCAGUCUUGUUUGUAACGCCUACAGAAUGGAAUGUAAUACUUGAAAAUAUGACUCUCGUUAUCCUUUACCUUUAGCUCCCGUUUCCCAGUGUUUAUCUUUCAUCUGGGACAAGAACUUUCUGCAUCGUUGUGUCUUGUAUAGGCUGAGCACAUAGCUGAAACUUGCCAAUAAAGAGAAUUAUUUAUACCAUG